GCGGUUUCCACUUAAACCCUUUUUGGGGGUUUUUGUUUGGUCUGAACAAGUUAGCAAGUUUGGUUCUGGAUGUUUAUCUGAGACCGAGCGAGCUCCUCAAAACCCACUGUGGUGUGGGGAAGGAAGAGGGAAACAAGAAUCAUCAAUGGCGUGCCUACUCUCACUCGGUUUUUAUGUUCCUCCCUCUGCUCCACAACAUACCUUCUUUAAGGAGACAUAUCCUAUGAAAUCGGUUCUGGGUGGCCUUUCAAACCAACCAAUUCACAGAACAGCCACAAAGCUUUCUAUCUCCUGCACCAUACAUAGGGCCAUAUCAUCCUUGAACCAGAGUUAUUGGCAGCUUUCGACACCCUCAAGAAGUCAUUGUGAAAUUGUAUGCUGUCAUAUGAAUGUAGAUCCUUGUACCCACAUGAUCAUUGCUGGUUAUUGGGUGGGACCUGAUAUUGACGAUGGAUGGGGAUACGUUGAAGCUUUUAUCAAUCCAAUUACUUGAUUCUUUUUGGGUGA